UGUUCGGGCAACAGCCAACACUUUUCAACAGUCAUGAGCCAGACAUCAGCACCAACUCAGCCACUCAAUGACAAGCUUGAAGAAAAGAGUUUUGCUCUUGAAGUUCCUGACAUUGUUGUUGUUGUCGUUUAUUUCAUCUUUGUCAUAGCUGUAGGAAUAUGGUCUUCUCUUCGGGCCAGUCGAGGAACAGUUGGAGGCUAUUUCUUGGCUGGAAGAUCCAUGACAUGGUGGCCUAUUGGAGCAUCUCUGAUGUCAAGCAAUGUGGGGAGUGGCCUAUUUAUUGGACUAGCAGGCACUGGAGCUGCGGGAGGACUGGCAGUUGGGGGCUUUGAGUGGAACGCCACCUGGGCAUUGAUAGUCCUUGGCUGGAUCUUUGUACCAGUUUACAUCUCUUCUGGAGUCAUUACUAUGCCAGAAUAUCUGAGGAAAAGAUUUGGAGGGCAAAGAAUUCAAAUCUACUUAUCUGUACUAUCCCUCAUUUUGUAUAUAUUCACCAAAAUAUCAACGGAUAUUUUUUCUGGUGCACUUUUUAUCCAAGUGUCCCUGGGUUGGAAUCUCUAUCUCUCUACUGUGAUCUUGUUAGUAGUGACAGCUGUCUACACCAUAGCUGGUGGUUUGACUGCAGUUAUAUACACAGAUGCCCUACAGACUGUAAUCAUGGUACUUGGUGCUUUGGUUCUUAUGUUCAUAAGCUUCGAGAAAGUUGGGUGGUAUGAAGGACUGCAAGAAAAGUAUAGUAAGGCAAUACCCAACAUCACUGUCCCAAACACAACUUGCCACCUGCCACGACAAGAUGCUUUCCAUAUGAUGAGGGAUCCUAUCACUGGGGAUAUUCCAUGGCCUGGGCUCACAUUCGGCCUCUCAGUACUUGCUCUCUGGUGCUGGUGCACUGAUCAGGUCAUUGUGCAAAGGUCACUCUCAGCAAAGAGCCUCUCUCACGCAAAAGGUGGAUCAGUAUUGGGUGGAUAUUUGAAAAUCUUCCCUAUGUUUUUUAUUGUCAUGCCAGGAAUGAUUAGCAGAGCUCUUUUUCCAGAUGAAGUGGGCUGUGUAGAUCCAGCAAUCUGUGAAAAAGUCUGUGGAGCUAAAGUGGGAUGUUCCAACAUUGCCUAUCCUAAGCUGGUAAUGGAACUCAUGCCCGUUGGACUCCGUGGUCUCAUGAUUGCUGUGAUCAUGGCUGCCCUGAUGAGCUCUCUUACCUCUAUUUUCAAUAGCAGCAGUACACUUUUUGCCAUAGAUAUCUGGCAGCGGCUUCGCAAGAAGGCUACCGAACAGGAACUUAUGAUUGUUGGAAGGGUGUUUGUUCUGAUUCUCGUUGCCAUUAGCAUCCUUUGGAUCCCCAUCAUCCAGACAGCCAAUAGCGGUCAGCUCUUUGACUAUAUUCAGUCAAUAACCAGUUACCUAGCGCCACCCAUCACUGCUCUGUUUAUCCUAGCAAUCUUCUGCAGGAGGAUCAAUGAGCCAGGAGCUUUCUGGGGCCUAAUGUUUGGAUUAGUAGUGGGUUUUAUUAGGAUGGUUAUGGAAUUUAUCUACACAGCACCCUCAUGUGGCGAGGAGGAUCAAAGACCAUCUGUGUUGAAAGAUGUUCAUUAUCUGUACUUUGCUAUUCUUCUGUUUGGGCUCACAGUUGGUGUUAUAGUCUUCGUGAGCCUCUGCACACCACCAAUUCCAGAAGAAAAUGCAACCACAAGGUAGAGGGGGAGCAGACCACAGAAGAAAUCUAUGUUGCAACUGUAACACUAACUCUAUCUCUUAUGUGCUUGGGUGCAAUCUCAUGAUGUAAGUAUGACAUUUCAUCUUUUUGGUGUUGUCCUGAUCAGUUGUAUAAUGCCUAUUCAGGAAACUGUAGGGGAUGUCAUUAUACAGGCAGGAUAUAACAGUAAUCUGAGCUCCAGCCAUGAAUCUCUUUUAAAAAGAAUAAAUAGGUUUAUUUUAGAGUUAUAACAUUUGUUGCACUUAAGCUGGUUUGAAAUGUUUUGUAGCUUCUGCUGAAAAGCAUGGGAGUGGGGGAGGGAAAGAAAGCAGAAAAGAAAACCAGUUGGUGUAGUGGCUAAUGUCUUGAACUAGGAAUUGAAAGACUGUGACUUGUAGUCCUCCCAGGGUUGUUGUGGUGAGGAAAAUAGGAGGCUGGAACAUUAUGUACACUGCCUUGGGUUGUACAAAAUACAGGCAGGAUAAUAAAUAAAGUUUCAACCACUUGUUCUUGCUUGGAUCCUUCUGUAUUCUCCAUCUCUACUGGACUCUAAUCAUAUUGGCCAGAAUAUAUAUAUAUAUAUUCCUGAAAAUAUUCUUUAGGAAAGAUGUGGAUCAUCAAAUCAAAGCAAUUUAGCACAAUGUGACAAGAAGAAUUAGCCUUGCCUGAUGCUUAUCUUGGUUGAAAAUAAUUUAAAUAAAGCAAUAAAUCUUCUGAAGAUUAUACAGAUUUUUGUGUCAACUGGAAAUGUCUUCUACAUUUUGUGCCUGAAAUUCAAACUGUUUAAACUAUUCUUCAUUUAUAAGGCACCUUUUGAGAGUUACUUGAGGGUCUGCACUAUGAAUAUAUUUUUACAGAAGCAGCUUUGGGAGGAAGCAACCUGAAGCACAGAAUAAGCAGAAGAAGGAUGUGUGGCCAUUCAAUAAAAUAAAAAGAGUACAGUAAUAAUUAAAAAAAAAUAAAACUGUAGAAAAGCCAAGAAAAAAGGAUUUGGAAAUAGCUUAGCUUUAGAAAUAGUUUCCGGUGCAUGUAUCAAAGGAAAGCUUUAUAUAAAUAAAUAUACACUCCAAAAAAAUUACAAAGUUAUAUGCUGUUGAAAAGUCAUACAGAACAGUAUCAAUCAGGCAUGUUGUAUUCUUCUCUAGCCUAGCAGUUUUG